ACUACUGAAAACUUUCUCAAUUGGGUUUUAAUUUUUUUUCGCUAUACAGAAAGUGGAAAAAAAACUCGGAUCAGUCGAUUUUUGUUCGCGUGAGGGUCGAGUGCGUGCAAAAAGUGAUCGUACCUAGUGAAUUUCGGAAUUAUGGCGGACGAAGUGCAGGAAAAUGGACACCCGGAGAACGGGGACGUGCCCGAAAUCGAGCUUAUCAUCCGGGCCUCCACCAUAGACGGUCGUCGCAAGGGCGCAUGCCUCUUCUGCCAAGAAUACUUCAUGGAGCUCUACCUGCUGGCCGAGCUGAAAACGAUCAGCCUCAAGGUGACCACUGUGGACAUGCAAAAACCGCCGCCCGACUUCCGGACCAAUUUCGAGGCGACCCCGCCCCCGAUCCUCAUCGAUCGCGGCAUGGCCAUCUUGGAGAACGAGAAAAUCGAGCGCCAUAUCAUGAAAACUGUACCAGGGGGUCAUAAUUUGUUCGUACAGGACAAGGAGGUGGCGACCCUGAUCGAAAAUCUGUACACGAAAUUCAAAAUGUACGUGACGAAGUACGAGUCGCCGGACACGAAGGAGGCGAGUCAGCCGCUGCUGUCCCACCUGGAGAGGAUCAACGAUUUCCUGGUGAAGCGGGGCACGCGGUUCUUAACGGGCGACACGAUGUCGUGCUUCGACUGCGAACUGAUGCCCCGCCUCCAGCACAUCAGGAUCGGGGCGAAAGCGUUUAGGAAGUUCGAGAUUCCCACCCGGUUUUCCGGGUUAUGGAGGUACAUGGCGAACAUGUACGAGUUGGAGGCUUUUAGGCAGAGCUGCCCCGCGGACCAGGACAUCAUCAGCCACAUCAAGAACCAACUGGGACUCCGGACCACCGCCCGAAUAGAACUGGAAACGCCCGUUUACACCACGUCCAUUCCUAUUUUAGACUCGUAAUAAUCCAGUUAUCCUUGUCCUCCCCUCUUUUUUUAAAUCAGAUUUCGCGCUUUAUUUCAAAUUUUCAUAGUACCAUCCGCAUCCGCAUGGUGGGCAUUUAAAAAUUGAGUUUUUGCUAAACGUAUAUUACGCGUGCUAUUUAUAUACAAGUUUUUUAUAUAUUAUAUAUAAGAGAAAAAAAGAAGAAAGUAGUUUGGGCUGUGUAUAGUUUUGCAUCCUUUAUAUACUUUUCCCGGUGAAAAAUGACCAAAUAGGAGCGAUAUUUUUUUGUUUUUCAUACUUUUUGACGCUGUAUUAAUUUUUCGUAAAGCAAGUAUUAUUGUGCACUACUUGCACUCUACAUAUACAGGUUGUCAGCUAAUUAAUUUUAAAAAAAUCACACGAUUCAACCCCUUAACAGCGCAUAAUACACCUUGAAUAUGUAAGGUGCAAGUAGCACACCUUAAGAACAGUUAAUAUAAUUUCUAUUAUGUUAAGGUAUUAUGAAAUAUUCUAUAUGUAUUUAUAAUUUUGUACGUUAAGGGUUUCGAGAUAGGGUGAACCCGAAAAAAAUCUUUAUUUUUUUUUUUAAUAAAUUGUUACGGUAGCGCCAAAACCCGUGUUUAGUUACGGUUCGCUCUAAAUAGUUCAUUAAAUAAAUGAAAAUUUAAACCGAAAA